GUAUCCAGAGAUAAAAUCUUUGAUGAAACCAGAUCACAACCUGAUAUGGAUUACAAUCAUGAUGGUUUUCACACAACUGGUUGCCUUUUACUUAGUGAGAGACUUGGACUGGAAAUGGGUCAUGUUUUGGGCCUAUGCCUUUGGCAGCUGCGUUAACCACUCCACGACUCUAGCUAUCCAUGAGGUGUCCCACAAUAGUGCCUUUGGCCAAUCCAAAUCCAUGUGGAAUCGCUGGUUUGGAAUGUUUGCUAAUCUUCCUAUCGGGGUUCCAUAUUCCAUUUCCUUUAAGAGGUAUCACAUGGAUCAUCACCGGUACCUGGGAGCUGACGGCAUUGACGUGGAUAUUCCUACCGAUUUUGAGGGCUGGUUCUUCUGUACCACCUUCAGAAAGUUGAUGUGGGUUAUUCUCCAGCCCCUCUUUUAUGCUUUUCGACCUCUGUUCAUCAACCCCAAACCGAUCACUUACCUAGAAAUUAUCAAUACCUUGACCCAGAUUGCUUUUGACAUUAUAAUUUACUACUUUUUGGGAAUUAAAUCUUUAGUCUACAUGUUGGCAGCAUCCUUACUUGGUCUGGGCUUGCACCCGAUUUCUGGACAUUUUAUAGCUGAACAUUACAUGUUCUUAAAGGGACACGAAACUUACUCAUAUUAUGGGCCUCUGAAUUUGCUUACCUUCAAUGUGGGUUAUCAUAAUGAACAUCAUGACUUCCCCAGCAUUCCUGGAAAGAGCCUUCCACUGGUGAGGAAAAUAGCCGCUGAAUACUAUGACAACCUUCCCCACUAUAAUUCCUGGAUAAAAGUACUCUAUGAUUUUGUGGUGGAUGAUACAAUAAGUCCCUACUCAAGAGUGAAGAGGCAUCAGAAAGGGCAAGUGGUGCUGGAAUAAAUAUCAUCCCAAGGAACUCCUCCCCGAAACUUUGACGUAGGCGAGAAAGUGGAAUCUUUGCCUGUCCCUAAGCUUCUAAGACCGGAGAUGCUCAGAAGCUGCCUGGAGUAUCCAAGUGGGAGCUCAUGGUAUCAGAAAGUUAACUUGGCUCUCCGCGGUCAGCCUGUCCCUGUAGUGCUCAGCUUAACUCACAGCAAACUUGUGUGGUCGUCAUUAAGGAAGUUUCCCCGUGUCUGUCAUUUCGUAAGCUAUUGUAAGAAAGCCUUUACAAAGCAACUUCUAGCUCAUUUAUUUUCACUAUAAAGUUGUACUUUAUUCAAAUAGCUAAUAAACUGGGCUAUUAAUCACAAUA